AUGAUUCUUAAAAUAAAAGUCAAACUACGUGAUGAUUACGAUUACACUUUCACCGAUAUAGAAAAAUUACACCUGGAGAUUGCAGAUGUUGGUGGUCUUCGUGUACGUUUCGAUAAUCUUUUCAAUGGCCAGAAAUCUUUAGAGGACAGUAUAAAUGCUGUAUUCAAUGAGAAUUGGCGUGAAUUUUAUCAAAUCGAACGUCCUGCUUUAACAAAAUCCGUUCAAGAGAUCAUGAGAGAUCGUCUGUCAAAAGUGUUUAGCUAUGUGCCAGGCAAUUAUUUUAUUGCUGAUUUACCAAGUGCAGCUCAGUAUAGAGGUUAA